AUGUUCCGCGAGAAUGUAUCAGCAUGGGAUUGCUUCCAGUCUCGCGCUGACGUCUUCCCUGCAUUCUUCAAUCGAGUCCUUGCUCUCAAGGACCCCAAGCGGAAGGCGGGGAGCAAGCGAGCUCGGCAGGAGGAGCAGGCGGAGGAGCAGGAGCAGACGCAGCAGGAAGAGAAGCAGCAGGGAGAGCAGGAGCAGGAGGAGCAGGGGGAGCAGCAGCAGAUGUCUGUUGAGGGAGAUCAAACUCAGGCGGAGGAUGGAGCAAACAAAGAAGCUGCUGCGGAGGGCAACGGAGCAGAGGGAGAGGGAGGAGAACCGAAGGAGAGUUCAGGCGCAGCAGAAGGGGAGGGAGGCGGAGGGGGAGGAGAGGGAGGGGGUGCUGAAGACAAGAAGGAGGUGAAGGAACAGGGAAAAGGUGGAUCGGCUGUUGGCGGAGGAGAGGGGGAGUACGAGCUGAGCAUAUAUGAGCGCGUGAAUUACAUCGUCUUCAUCAUCCACUGCUUCCAGUCGCUGGAGAACCCACUGGUGCGGGCGUGUGUGCUGCCGCUGGUGUCGCUGCCCCUGUGGCACGCCCUCUCACCUGCCCGCAGGGAGCGCGAGCUGCACCCCCACGCGCACCUGCUCGCCCUCUGGGCGCGCCUGCUCAAGAGGGACGCCAAGAACCGCCACACCAGAAUGCUGGCUGUGGCUGAGGGCGGGGAGAAGAGGGCCGAGGCGGAGGCGGCUGAGAGGAAGGAGAGGCGCGGGGUUCGAUUCCUGCCUGGGUUGAUUCUGGAGUUCUUUGCUGUGUUGGACGAGGUGGUGGAGAAGGGCCCAGACUACGAGGACGACCAGAGCGAGUCAGCCGGGGUGCUGCUGGAGAGAGCAGUGGACCAGCCGCGCCUGCUCUUCUGUGAGCGAUUCCUGGAGCUGCUCAUAGAUCUUCUCAGCCAACUGCCCACACGCAGGUUCUUUCGUCCUGUAGUGGAUGACAUGGCUGUCGCCGCCCGCUGCCGACUGAGCCGGCUGUACCGGCACCCGCGCGGUCGUCUUUUUGUGCAGCUGGUGGAUCUGCUACGAUUCUAUGCUAGAUUCCAAAUGGAUGACCAUGCCGGGCGGCAACUGGACGAGGAGGAGGUGGACAGGGAGCACUGCGCGCGCGUGUCGGCCCUUCAGUUGUUCCUCUUCAACAAAGUGCCAGAGCUGCGGGACAUAGCUCUGACCAACGUGGGCAGCGUGGAGAAUGCUGACGGAGUGCGCAAGUGGAUGGGGCGACUCACAGACGAGCAGCUGGCGGAGCUGGUGCUCAACAAGCUGAAGCUGCUGUCUCGAGCGGGCCUGCCAUACCGGCCGCCACGCCACCUCCUCUCAUCUGCUCGCCGGCCCAAAGCCUCGGCACGAAUGGUGGUGGAGGAGGGUUCAGAGGAGCAACAGCAGCAGCAGGCAGAGGAGCAGGAGGAGGAGGCAGAGCAGGAGUACUGGGAGCAGCAGCGGGCUGUGCUCUUCCACCGCCUCCGCCCGUUUCUCGAAGAAGUAGUCGUUUCCUUCUUCGAGAAGAAGCGCUCCCAGCGAGCAGCACUGAACGCCCUGCCGCUCUACCCCAACGAGGACGUCAUGUGGGACGAGAGCCUCAUCCCCAGCGUGAACUACACCGGAGAGGGCUGCUUGGCUCUGCCGAAACUCAACCUGCAGUUCCUCACGCUGCAUGAUUACCUCCUGCGGAAUUUCAACCUGUUUCGGCUCGAGUCGACGUACGAGAUUCGGGAGGAGGUGCACGAUGUGCUGAAGCGGAUGGGGGCGAAGGGGAGCAUGUACAGCAGCGUGGACCGGGAUACGGAGUUCACCGGGUGGGCCCGAAUGGCUAUCCAAAUCUCUUCUUUCCGGAUUGUGGAAGUUAAGGCGCCGCGGCUCGGCGAGGUGCAGCCGGCGGCGGUUCUAGCGGAAGUGGAGUACUCUAUAGGGGGGUAUAAGGCGGCCAUGCGGAGCGAGUGGGAGGAGAUUAAAGAGCAUGAUGUGCUGUUCCUGCUGGGAAUCCACCCUGAUGAGAUCGCGCUGCAAGCUGCGGCUGAUGCAGCCGCGGCACAGGCGGCGGCUCAGGCGAAGAGAGAGGCAGGGGAGGAUGGGGCGGAGGAGGAAGAAGCAGCGGCGGAUGCUGCAGCAGUGGUCUCGUCGCUGUCUGUCCCGCAGAGAUACGGGUUAAGAUAUGUGCGGGGGUGCGAGGUGAUCGAGUUGCGCGACGAGGACAACAAGCUGAUGAAUGACUUCUCUGGGCGGGUGAAGCGCGAGGAGUGGAAACCCCCCAAAGGGAACAAGCGCACGGCUCUCGUCGCUCUCGAUCCAGCCCAGUUCCAGCUGGAUUUGGAGGCAAACGGAGGGACUCUGAGGGGCGCGCAGGAGGAGGUUUACUCGGCUCUCAACGUGGUGAUGCGGAGGAAGCCAAAGGAGAAUAACUUCAAGCCGAUUCUGGAGUCGAUUCGGGAUCUGAUGAACGAGGAGGCGUCGGUGCCUGGUUGGCUGCAUGACCUGUUUCUGGGGUACGAUGACCCGGCAGCCGCCAGCUGGCGGCGCAUGCCUGCUGAGCUGGCGCCGUGGCGGGUGGAGGUGGUGGAUUUUAGGGAUACGUUUGUGGAUGCUGAGCAUUUGAAGGAGUGCUUCCCGGGCUUUAAGGUCCGGUUUGUGGAUGCGGAUGGGUUUGAGAACCCUAACCCCCAGCCUCCGUUCCGCGUGACUAUUCCGAUGCCGAAGGCGCAGGAGGAGGGGCGUGGAGUGGCAGAGGGAGGGAAGAAGAAGGGGCAGGAGAAGGAGGGGAAGGGGAAGGGGAAGGGGAAGAAGGGGGUGAAGGCGAAGAAGAAGGCGAAGGGGAAGGGAGGGGAGGAGGAGAAGGCGGAGUCAGUGCCACUGCCUGACCCUGGGCCGUACCCUCCGGGGAAGCAAAAGAAGAACCACGUGCGCUUCACACCCACCCAGGUGGAUGCCAUCAUCAGCGGGGUGCAGCCAGGGCUGACCAUGAUUGUGGGGCCGCCUGGAACCGGCAAGACUGACACGGCCGUGCAGAUCCUGCAGGUGCUCUACCACAACUGCCCGGAGCAGCGCACGCUCGUCAUCACUCACUCCAACCAGGCCCUCAACGACCUCUUUGAGAAGAUCAUGCAGCGGGACGUGCCAGCGCGCUACAUGCUGCGCCUAGGCAUGGGAGAGCAGGAGCUGGACACGGAGCAGAAGUUCAGCCGCAUGGGGCGAGUCAAUGACAUGCUGGCAAGGCGGCUCGAGCUGCUGGCUGAGGUUGAGCGCCUGGCAGUGACUCUUGGGCGGCCAUCUGACGUGGCGUACACGUGUGAGAGUGCCGCCUACUUCUGGCUGCUGCACGUGCUCGCCAGGUGGGAGGCGUUUGUAGCCAAGUGGGCUUCGUACGCACAGGACAUGCGCAUGGCAGAGAGCUGCUUCGAGUUCCUCAAGGGCAUGUUCCAGGAGCUGGAGGAGUGUCGGGCGUUUGAGUUAUUCAAGACCACAGCAGACCGCUCCAACUACCUGAUGGCGCGCCAGGCCAAGGUGGUCGCCAUGACGUGCACGCACGCGGCGCUCAAGCGCCGGGACUUCCUGAACCUCGGGUUCCACUUUGACAACCUGCUCAUGGAGGAGUCGGCGCAGAUCCUCGAGAUCGAAACCUUCAUCCCCAUGCUGCUGCAACGCCCCGACGGCCCCUCCCGCACCGUCGCUGGCACGGGUACCACUUCUGCUGCUGCUUCCGGUGCGGCGGCUGCUGCUGGUGGUUCCUCCGGUGGUGGUGGCAGCAACGGCGCUCUGUCCUAUUCUCGCCUCAAGCGCUGCAUCCUAAUCGGAGACCACAACCAGCUCCCCCCCGUCGUGAAGAACAUGGCCUUCCAGAAAUACUCGCGCAUGGACCAGAGCCUCUUCACUCGCUUCGUCCGCCUGGGCGUCCCUUACAUCGAACUCAACGCCCAGGGCCGCGCCCGGCCCUCCAUCGCCCAGCUUUACAACUGGCGAUACUGCGGCCUGGGGGAUUUGCCAGUGGUGAAAACCGGAGAGGAGUAUGUGCGGGCGAACGGGGGGUUUGCGUGGGAGUAUCAGCUUGUGGAUGUGGGGGAUUGGAUGGGGCGAGGGGAGAGCGAGCCAAACCCGUGGUUCUACCAGAAUUUGGGCGAGGCUGAGUAUGUGGUGAGCGUGUUUCAGUACAUGCGGCUGAUGGGGUAUCCGGCUGAGAAGAUCUCGAUUCUGACGACGUACAACGGACAGAAGCAUCUGAUAAGGGAUGUGAUCGAGAGGAGAUGCGCCGGGAACCCACGUUUCGGCCGUCCCAGCAAGGUGACGACGGUGGAUCGCUUUCAGGGCCAGCAGAAUGACUACAUUCUGCUCUCCCUCGUGCGCACGCGCACCGUCGGCCAUCUGCGCGAUGUGCGGCGCCUCGUUGUCGCCAUGUCCCGCGCCCGCCUCGGCCUCUACUGCUUCUGCCGCCGCUCGCUCUUUGAGCAGUGCUACGAGCUGCAGCCCACCUUCCAGCUGCUGCUGCAGCGCCCGGACCGGCUUGGGUUGGUGCUGGAGGAAGGGAAUAGGAGGACGGAGAGGCCGGCAGGGGAGGGGAGUGAGGGGGCGUAUCUGGUGCCGGGGAUUGAGGAGAUGGCCAGGAUUGUGGAGUGGCGGCUGCAGAACGUGACUGAGCAGGAGUACAUAAUGCAGAACGUGCCAGGGGCCCAGCAGCAGGCAGCACUCGCCCAGCAGCAUCAGGCGUGGAUGCAGCAAGCUCAACUGCAGGUGUGGGAGCAGGCUCGGCAGAUGGAGAUGCACGCUCACAUGGAAGCUCUGGCUCGGCUGCAGCAGCAGCAGAGGCUGCAACGACGGCAGCACAAGAGCGGGAGAGGUAGGGGCGGAGGGAGGGGCAGGGGCCGGGGAGGUGGGCGAGGAGGGAGGACGGGAGGGGAGGGGAAGGGGAAGGAGGGGGUGGAGGAGGCUGGGGAGAAGGGGGAGGAAGGGGGAGUGGAGGAGCGGGAGGGCGAUGAGGAGGGAGAGGGUGAGGAAGGAGAGGAAGCAGAGGAGUGGGGAGAGGGAGAGGGAAUGCAAGGAACAUCAGAGAGCGUGCGAGUGAAAGCAGAGUUGGUGGAGCAGGCGAGGGAGGGGCACCGAGUGAAGCAGGAGCUAUUGGAAGAGGCAGGGCAGGGGGCAGGGCAGCAGCAAGUGGGAGUGGUGAAGGAGGAACCAGCUGAACCCGGGGCUGCCACACCACCUGGGGUGUCCUCCGAUAGUGAAUGA